AUGGAGCCAAGCAAGAACGAGACGUAUGGCUCUCAAGAGUACUGGCAGGCACGGUAUAGGGAGCCCGGAGGAGUCUACGAGUGGUGCUUAGGCUACGCCGCGCUAUCGGCCUAUUUCGAUCGCCUGCUUCCGAUUCGAGGCACACGAUGCAAGAGCGACCUCAAGAUCGUUAUGCUAGGCUGCGGCAAUUCGGCGCUCGCAGAGGACAUGUACGACGAUGGCUAUCGAUGCAUCACGUCGAUCGACUAUGCUCAGAAUGUCAUUGAUGCCAUGUCUGCCCGCAAUGCCCUGUCACGACCCGAGCUGCAAUGGCUGCAAGCUGACGUGAGGAAUCUGCCCCUUCCUGAUGCGAGUAUCGAUAUCUGCAUCGACAAGGCUACGAUGGACGUCUUCUUUGCUGCAGCAGGAAGCAAGCUCGAUCCGUGGAACCCGCCAGCAAGCGUAAUCGAAAAUUGCAAUAGGGAGAUCGACGAGGUCGUGAGGGUGCUGAAGCCGGACGGCUGCUUCAUCUACGUCACUUUUGGGCGACACGAUAGAGCCGCACUUCCGAAAGCCAGUCAUGACACGACUAGGCUGGACAAUCGACACGUAUGA